UGCAGCCAGAAAACAAUAGGCCUGAUUACUGAUUACUGGGCCAUCAUGGUAACAAAAGAAGGGUCAGUUUCAGGUGAAACUAGCUAAUCAACAGAUACUCAGGUAGACUCCUCCCUGAGGGCGGGGCUUAAGCAACACAGAGUAGCUUAAACCACCAGAGUGCUCAGACCAUUUUCACAAUUGAGAAUGACUUCAGGAUGGGAGCCGAAACAUCUUGAUUCUGAAAACACUGUCCAGACGACUACGACUGAAACCUUUUCUACUAUGUUGUCAGACCUUCACUUCAGCACCUGAAUACACCACCAGGAAGGAUUCACAGGUCACUCACGCCAUUUCAACACCAUUAGAAACUCUUAAACUAAAGCUAGGGUAGGUAACAAUCAGAGAAGCUAGCAAGAGACAGCUAGAUUUUGAAAGUAUCCAACCGAAAAAAUCCCACCCCCUCCCUUCAGGCCUCCCUGCAAAGCCACUCCUCCAAAACACAUUUUCAUGCGCAAUGAGUGCAGGUAGGCUAGCCAAUCAUUUCAUACUGGGCAUGCUUAUUAUAGUCUUGCGACAGCCUCAGAUUUUUGUGUCAGCAUUUGAUUUAUUGAAUUUCAACGAACAAAAAAUGCUUCUGAAAUAAAUUACCUACCGUAGCUUUAAGUAAGUCUAAUGAAAACCAGGCCGUGUGCUUCGUUAUGAUGCGUCAGCCGUGUUGAGGACGUUUCAAGUCUCUGCGAGUUGAUUCUGAUAAUGAAGUAAAUUGCACGAGUUGGGAAAUGGUUGUCAGUAAUGCACGUUGUAAAGCACGCAGGAUUUACUGGUGUGGUCCUUUUAAUGGUUGAAAAACAAAAGAAGCAAAUGAGUGAAAUAAUAAAUAGAGAACAGGGAGAAAUUACCCUGAAUGUCCACCGGGGGAGCUCUCACCGAUAAUGUAUAUACAUUUAAAGCCAUUAAUGCUGCAGUUCAGUUUUGGACAGUUUAUCUAGUUGCUGAUUGGUCAAAGAGCUGCUGACAUCACACUGUUGUGUUGUUUCUAUGCAGACGAUUCAGUUUUGGAGCAGAACUCUUCACUUAAAGUCUGAAGUAUGUUACAGCCUGUUAAUUAUUUAUCUGAUGCAAAAGAUUUUAUUAUUUAUAUAUUUUGAUUAUUUGCAGCUGAAGUGAAGUUCCUAAAGAAGAGUUAAAAACUUUGUUUGAAAGCUGACAUGUAACAGUUAUUGUGAAUAACGAGAAGUUAGUCAGGAUAAUGUUUAUCGUUUUACUUAUUUAUUAAUCUGCGAAACAAACCAAAAAUAGUUAAAAUAGAUAAAAUAGAGUGUUAAAACGUAUUUCCAAGACGUGAUGUCAAAUUAAACAGAAUCAAUACGUCAUUCCAAACAUAAAUAUCUACAUCAGAACAUCUAAAUACAACAAUUUAAUUAACGUGUUUCUAAAAAUUAUAAUGAACGAUUAAUUGUAGAAGAAAUGUAUCCAAUAUAAAUAUCAAACAUUGCACUUUUUUUUUAGCUGCUUAUCUCUCUUACAUAUCAUCGUAGAACAUUUUCAUUAUUAUUAUUUCUGAACACACAAGGUCAAAGUAUUUUUAUUGGAUAAAUUACAUCAACAAGUAAUCGAUUGUUAUAAUAAUCAUUCCAUGUUCUUAUGUAGUUGUGAAGGUCAAGUUUUGUUAUUUUUGACAUUAAAGCUUUUAAGUGUACUUAUAGGCAGCUACUACUCUGCUAACAGCAGCAUGUGUCAUAUAUAUUUAAAACAUUACAGCUUGAUUUAAGCAGUAAGUUAUAACAUUUCCAUCUGAUUGUGAAGCUAAAUAGAAAAUGUCCAUCCGUUUUGUCAUCUUCAUGAAGGAAAACAGCUUCAAGCACCUUAUAAACUGAUUGUAGCUACACUGUACUCCAUUUAAACGUGCUAUUAACCUCUGAUCUGUGUCCGUUAUGUGGACAGUAACGUCUGCUCUGUGCAUUUACGCCUGCUGUUAAUCUCCGUUCUGCAUUGUGAUCGCAGUCCAAAUUCAUCAAACUGACUUAAGUGGAAGAAGUUUUACUUGCAAACGUAAGAAUAAAGUCAGUUUGGCGAGUUUCGUACAACUGAUAAAUGCUCUUAAAUCUAAGAGUUCUGUGGAUGACCCCAGUACAUUAUUUAUAUAAUCCAGGCUAUUUUUACAUAACGAACACUAUGGCAGAUGCCUUCUCAAAACAUGCAUGUUAUUAAUCACCUGAAAGUUGCUUGGAUUAAUAUGGGCCCAGAUCACAAUGUGCUAAUUAGAUGGUUGUCAUGAAAACAUAGCCACUACAAGCAGCAAUGUGAAGCUAACUGCUAACGUUAUCUGGACUAGAAGUUGUGUGACUGAAAUGAUGCUGCUGUUUGGUCCCAGUUGCAUCAUGUGAAAUAUAGGAAAUGUAUUUGUAGUUUGUCCCAGAGAAGUGACAAAGUCUCCAGGCGUGGUGUUGAAGUUAUUUUACUGGUGUGAGUUAAUAUUUUAUCUGCAGGCUGAAGUUUGUUUUAUUCUGAAAUAAAUGUUAAAGCUAAGAAAUGUUUUGAGUUUUUUUUUUUCUGCUGUAACGACUUUGUACCACAAGGUGGAGCCACGUCAUCACAUCAUGUAACGGUGAGGAUGAUCCACAGCUCUGAUGUUCAGUGACUAACUUUAUCAGUCUGUAAUGAAAUUAAACUAUUAGUACUGAUACUGUAACUGCUAUUACUCCAACUGACACUACAGCUGGUAUUACUGCAAUACUGUUUCUACCAGUACCACCACCAAGAUACUGUUACCCCUGUUGUUACUAUUAUUGCUUAUGUAAAUAUCUGUGCGAGUACUACUACACUACUACUACAGUAAUACUGUAACUGCUACUACUUUAGCUGCAGUACUGCUACUGCUAGUUCCAUAACUGCUGUUAUUACACAUACUGCUACUUUUAGUACUGUAACUACUCCUUUUGUCACUAGUCCUACGUCUACCAAACCUAUGACUGUAAUGCCAUUUUACUGGUACUACUAUUAUAACUAACUGAUAGUAUUAAAGUUAGUUCUCUGCUGCGUCUACUGCUGUUAAAGUUACUACGACUGGUGCUUCUUCUGGCUCUGCUGUUCGUAUACUUACUGUUAGCACUGCUACAGCUGUAACUUUCUGUUCCUCCUAUUGAUGCUGCUGCUACUUCGACUGUUAUUAUAAUGCUAUUUCUAUACUACUGUUGUUUACUGCUACCUCUGCAGCUUAAAGUGGCUACCUCAACUACUUCUAAUACUUUUGCUCCUACCAUUAUUACUACUACUGUUGCUACCCACACUAUUAUUAAGUCUAUGCUAUCUUUAACGACACUAAUACUUAACUACUCGUAGUACUCGGUUACUGCUGCUACUACAGCUGCUACACUUUUUGUUACUGGUGCUACCACGAGUAUAAUUACAAAACUAUCACUACUUUGUCGUCUUUGCUUUCUUGCACUGGUAUAAAUAUUCAAGAAAAUCUGUAUACAGCUGUUUUUGGUGUUUUCAGAUUUUAUUUAAAGUAACAACCUCCAAGAAUUUGACCUGAAAACACCUGUUUUAUUAACCCAAUCUUUGCCACAGCUUCCUGAUGCAGAGGGUGAGCUGCUGGUGAACAAGUUUCACUUCCGGUUGUUGAGCGUCUGAUGAAACUUGGUAUUUGCGGUUUAGAUCAUCAGAUCUUACAUACAACACAGUCACCUUAAAUAGGAAGUGAAGAGCACUUUGCUCAGCGUGACGGGAGAAGCAGUAUCAGAUCCGAGCAGCGCCGGGUUUCAGACUGUUGGUGCUGCACCUGAUCAUGGAUCUGCUUUGGAUGAUCCUCCCGGUGUUUCUGGGGUGUGCUGAGGCCGAGAACCCGACUCAGGUCAAGGGGGAGCUGGGUCACAACGUCACCUUAAACUGCUCUUUGAAUACUUUAGACAUCUUCUGGUUCAUGGAGAUCCACAGCCAGUUCAUAGGAUGCAUCGUCCGCACCUUUAGUGAGAAUCCCGCUGAAAACCGGUAUUUUGUUUACCCUGCGAUGACCAAAUAUAUAGCCGUGGGAAACAGACUUGUGAUCACAAACAUCACAGCAGAGGAUUUCAGGCUUUACUUCUGUUCAAAGACGUUAAACAACAACACGUUUAAAGACGGCAUCCGCCUCGUCUCAGACGUCCCUAUCCCGCCGUCCACCAACGACUCUAAAGCAAACCACCCAGACAUCUUGUCAGCACCCCUAGUCACAUACGGCUCGCUCGCCCUGAACGCCGUCCUCCUCUUAGUAGUAAUAGGGUUUAUUUUUACAUCUCUGUGUUUGAAGAGGAAGGACUGCAGCUCCCAGGUGAAUGAGCCUUCACCUUUCACCUGUGAGAACCCAGAGACGCUGGAGACCGUCCAGUAUGACGAGAUCCAGCUCCCCGUCAGCUACAGAGCCCCCCAACCUGCUGGUCCUUCUCUACACUGUAUUUACUCCAAGGCUCAGCUUCCUCGAGCCACAUUGCCUGGACACUGACACCUGGGACACCUGGACGGUUUCUGGACGGUUACUGAACACCUGGACUGAAUCUGGGCACUGGUCCACUCACCUGUAGUAUUUGUAUUGGACAGCUAGAAAGACGAUUCGAGAAGUGAGAGGACGUCUGCUCCACUACCUCAGAGCAACAAACCGUUCACACGAAGCUUUCUUACGUCUGACAGUUUUGGUAUUUCCUGACUGAUGGAAGAGCUGUUGACGUUAGUCAUUGUGAAGCUGGUUGACCUAGAGUUUAUGAUAAUAAUGUCAUCGUACUUUUUUUAAUUUAUGAAGAACCUUGGGUUAUGUGUAGGGCUGCAUGAUAUGUUAAAAAAAAAAUCAUAUUGCGAUUAUUUUGAGAGAUAGUACGAUAUGAUUCAUCAGUAGUGGGAAUGAUCAUUUUUGUAUCACAAUUUUAAUUUUCACUGAAAAAAACUUGUUAAAAUCAUGAUGAUGUGACAUUUGUUUGGUCUGUACCAAACAAACAUGUUGUCUUACAUCUGGAGAACAACAUCUGUAGGCCGAGGCGUCUCUGCAGCGCUACUGUACUUCAUUAUAAUACUGUUUUUUGUUUGAUUACUUAUACCUUUUUGUCAGAUUUUCUCUAACUAGUUUUCAGGUUCUUAAAAUGGACUCAGAUCAGUGGAAAACUGAGGCGUGUUGUGUGCAGUUAGGUUAUUGUAACAAUAAAUAUACAAAAAGUCAGCAUCGCAUCAAAUUGUUAUUCUGUUUUUUGUUUUCUUUCCUCCUAAAUACAAAUAUGUGGAUAUACAGUAUACUGUCAAUUUCUAUUUUUUUCCAAAGAGUUUUAAAUAAAAGUGCUGUCCGUCUUACUGCUGUCGA